GAGCGGCUGACGUUCUCGCGUCUUCUGCAACAUGCGGGUUUUUUCGAAAUGCGGCACCGACUCGAGACAGAUUUGGUUGCAAACAGCAGCACUUUUCCGACGGAAGCAACUACGAGUAAGAACGACGAAAGCGUGCCUGGUGCUUGGAAUUUGUCGAUUGUACUGCAUGUUGUUCAGGGAGGGCCGCAAGGCCAAGGGGACGCACGCGACCGUGAGAAUUUCCUGGUCAACGGGCACGAAGGUGGAGCUGGCGCUGCGGAGGAAGUUCCUGCAGUUUCAACAUCGCCAAUCGCUCAGGAAUCGACGACGACUCGUUUUCCGAGAACCUCAACCACAAAGAGAACCUUCCAUCUCCGUGCGGAGAAAAGGCGCUUUUUCCAGCACGAGCUCUUUGCCUGGAGCUGUUUCCGGGAUUUUGUAGCCACCUCGGAAAACGUAAACGAGCAGGGUGGUAGUUUUCCUGAAAGCCAUUCUGGGGGGACGGGGACCGGACCUCAGGAAGUAGAACAAACUUUCGCAGGAGCGGAUCUGCCGUUGUCUGCUUCCUGCUCCGUCGUUUUCACGGAUCAUGUGGGAAAGAAAAUCCAGUUUUCCUUGCGGGCAGUGCUGGAUGAAAAGGAGAUCCAGUGGCCUCGAAGUUACCCCGAUCAGUAUGAUUUGGUAUGAUCAAUAACGGUCAAAAAUGAUCUCCGAAAAACCGGCUGUUCUGCAAAAGCACCUGCAACCUUAUAGAGAUGAGUACUGUGAGUUCACAACUCCUUAUACAUAGUACCAAUGUCUGACGAAGAAACCCGUAGUAGGGCACAUGAGGUACAAAAACAUCAGAUAAUUAUCAUAGCAGUAGGUCUCGUUUUCUUCUGAAACUCAAACUUCAACAUGAAGGACAAAAUUGCAGCAGGAGUCUGCUUUGACUAACCACGGAGAUGAAAAAAAGCAUGCCCGAACCCAAGCUUCCCACAUACUAAUCUACACGGCUCUACUUCUAGAAAUGUUC